AUGGAUCUAGUGGAUAUAGAUCAAGUUUUAGAUAAUUUAGAAUUACGUGAGGCCGCAGACGAACACAACAGGUCUAUAUCAGCUGCAAGUGCGCCUACAACAAAAAACAAUGCAGAACUUACAAACCAUUACCCAAGAGUAGGAAAUUUAAAUACUACAACCCACAAAAGUGGGUUUGUAGGCGUUUCCCAGGUAUUUAACAGUUUAGAUGAUUAUCAGAAAAAUGUUGAGUCGUUGGAAUCGGCGCCAGUGCAGCGUUAUGACGAAGAGUGUCGGCUAAUACCUGAUAAUGUGAGCACAACACAGGAAUUAGAUAAAAAUACAAAAAAGAGUGGUUUUGAUGAUGCUGUGACUCCAAAUGAACAAGUAACAACUUACACUUCUCAAAUAACAACGAAAAAUGAAACGGUUGAGAAUGUCAAAAGUGGUAGUAGUAUAACUGGAUCGCACAAUAAUGUAUACGAAGAAGAUGUCGUGGAUGAAGAAGAGGCCAGUGAUGAUUUACACAAGUUUACUGAAAAUUCUAAGCAUACACGGAAAAUUGGAUAUGAAAUGAAUGAAGCAGCCGACAACAGUCCACUUUCGUCAGAUUCAUUAACCACUUCAUCUUCGUCAACUUUUUCAUCAGGCCCAUCACCGGGAAUCGUUUCCACUACUGAUGAACAAUCUGCACCACUUUCACCUGAGGAAAUAAGCGAAGAUCGAGAUGCACUCUUGCCAGUACAUCCGUACGCUGCGGGUCCAGAUGAUGAAAAUUAUGAUGAAGAGGAGGCGGUGGCAAUGACCGAAGACGGGUUGGAGACAGAUGGUGAAGAACGGGAUCCACUAAGUGCGCCACAAGCUGAAAGCACAGCUGGGCUAGAAGAUAUAGCUGCAGGCUUAUCGUCCAUAUCAUUGACAACCGGAAACUCGCAACUCAACUUACCGACUGCCUCGUCAGUAUUGCAAAAUGUGCUAGAAGAUUUGUCGGAGACUACAAGUAACUCACUUUUAAGUCAGCAGAUUGACGGAGCUCAGGAAAACAAUCUGUUGAAAAAGGAAUUACGGCUUAACUUCGAUUUAGACAAAAGCGAACGAGCAAAUGUAAAAAAUGAGGAGGAUAUCACCGGUAAAAACUGCGAAGCUGUUGUGCCCCUAAAAAAACAGGAACCCAUAAAAGUGUUGCAGCAACCGAUUACCUUCGGUUCAACAAUGGACGAAAUUUCGGAUACGGAGCUGGACAGUAUGUUGCAAGAGAUGGACAUAGAUGAUGUCAGUGAGUUCGAUGCUAUGUCUAAGCUAAAUGUUACAAAUGCAUGUGGCUCACCACCUCCUCCGUUGACAUCAACAACAACCGCGAAAACAUUCGAAAGUAUAUCGACAGUUGCUUCAGCAAUUCCAAAACUAAAUAAUGCUGUAGUCGUCGACCGUAGAGCAAGCCCAGAGAGGAGAAAUGUACUCGAGGGUGUGGAAAGCUACAGCGGCAAUGAUUGCGUAAAUGCAGACAGUUUUUCCCAGGCAUCGACGGUUGAAUUUUCGGAAAUACGCGCACAUUCUACAGAAGCAGCUCAGGCAGACACUGAUAUGUUACCAUCAUCCAAUUCCGUUGCAUCAUCAUACACUGGUUCAGAAUGUUCGCUGGAAGGUGGCGUGAUCGGGGGACAUCGGAUAAGUGAUGAAGAUGAGAUUGAAGAUGCGACAGUGGACCGUCGAAAAGCUUCAGCUGAAAAUGGAGACGAUGAGGACGGCAGCACAGAUGAAGACGCUAAAAGUGAUUCAGCGGCGCAACGGCCACAACGUCCGACAUCACUUAAUUUGCCUAUGUUGCAAUCUAACCUUUAUGAGAAUGCCGGCCAAACGCCUCCAGGCACGCAGUCGACUCAAAAUACAACACUUGGAACGGAAAAUGCUGAGUCGAAUGCGCCAAGUGCUGUUAGUUGCAAUUCUGCGCCAAAUAUAACACCAGAUGAUGCUGUUGCAACCAAUGGUGAAGUGGCUGAGGCAACUGGCUAUAGUGAUCCGUAUGCGAAUUUAGGCAAAGUGCCUCCUAUUUGGGUGCCAGAUAACAUGGCUGCCGGAUGCAUGCAGUGCCAUGCCAAAUUCACAAUGAUUAAACGUCGUCACCACUGUCGUGCUUGUGGUAAAGUACUCUGCUCCGUUUGUUGUUCACAAAAAUUCAAGUUGGAGUUCCUCAGCAACACCGCCGAAUCUCGUGUCUGUUUGCAGUGCUUUCUCAUACUUACACAAAGACAACAAGGCGCUGGCGCUAUAGGAAGCGAGGUGGUGGCAACUGAUAUGCAAGAUGAUGUUUUAGCGGCAGCUGUCAGUACAAAUUCCGCAACAAACACAACAGCAGGCGAAGUGCGCUCACCCAAUCCGAACAAUCCCAUGGAGUACUGCUCCACUAUACCGCCCUACAGACAGGUGAGCACGCAAAAUACACAGCCACCAUCUGUAAUUGUGCCAGUGGGUGUACUCAAGAAAGAAGGUAGCAGUUAUUCGUCGAAUUCAUCGAAUGGCGGUGGGGAUGGCAACAAGAAAGGGCGCAAAAGAAAGAGUGUUAUGUUCAGUGAUGGCAUUGCACCCGGCAGCGAUUUGGCCAGCAUGGAACAUCAGUGGGCUGACGCGAAACAUGCGCGUCGUGGAUCGCAUCAACAGGGUGAUAAGACACGAAAUAGCAGCGGUGCAGUAAAUAAACCACCGACUCCUGUGCGAGCCCAACCAAGUGGUAGUAAUAGUGAUGCCUCAACAAUUGGGUUGGUGGCGUCGCUGUUUCGCGGUUCUUUACCACCACUGGCUGCAGCGGCUACAAUAUCAGCGGCUCAAGACGGCGCAGAUGAUCACGCUAAAACAGCUGCGAGCAGAUCGAAAAGCGUCACGAAUAGCAGUAAGGUCCCAGAUGCUGUUUCAGCUAUGCGGUCAAAACGUUUACCUCCAUCUGGUAGCGAUGAAAAUGGCUGCUUCAUUCCGCCAGGUGACAACAACUCUUUGCCGCCAAUAUAUGUACGCAAAGAUGAAAACAGCUGUGAUUUUGAAUACAAAGAAGUUCUUAACAACCAAGAUCUCGUGGCACGUUUACAAAGCGAGACAAUCCGAUUCGCACUGGAAAAAAAUUUAUUCGUUGACGUGAAAAUAUUAAAUUUGAAAUGUUGCAUGAAUCGUACUGUUAUCAAUUUUACUACAUGUGGCUUGCAUCAUGUUGGCAAUGAUGAGCUCAUCAUUUUAUUGGAAUAUGAGCCACAAUCCACCCCGCCGGACAUAAGUAAAGACAAUGAGGUGAUGCCAAUACCAAAGGAUAUAUUUGUGCAUCUUUAUGAAAUAUAUCGCGAUGCUGAGUUGGGAAAUCCAAUCGCCGAAUUGUCUUACACCAGUCCACGAUCGAGCAAUUUUUUAGGCACCCGCGACUAUGGCGGCUUCAUAUUUAUACGCGCUACUUUUCAGUGUUUGCAGGAUGUUUUAUUGCCAGAGCAACCCUUUCUCAUUGGUAUACUCAUUCACCGCAACGAGGUGCCAUGGGCCAAAGUAUUUCCACUUCGUUUAAUGUUGCGAUUGGGCGCACAGUAUCGCUACUAUCCCUGCCCACACAUUUCUAUACGUAAUCGAGAAUCGGUUUAUGCUGAAAUAGCGCAGACAAUAAUUAAUUUCCUUGCGGAUUUCCGAAAUUAUUCGUAUACUCUGCCCUGCAUCAAGGGAAUGUAUAUACAUAUGGAAGAUAGACAGACAACGGUAAUGAUACCACGCAAUCGUCAAGAUGACGUUAUUAAAGCAAUAAAAAAUGCCAGCGAUCAUAUAUUGGCGUUUGGUGGAAAUUUUUCAAAAACUGCGGAUGGGCAUUUGGUAUGCAUGCAAAAUGUGAAUGAUAUGGGUACUGAAAUGUAUGCAUAUUCAACACAAGCUAUCAACAUACAAGGAAAACCGCGCAGAGUUACUGCCGCGAGUUUCUUUGUAUUGAAUGAGUCUUUGAAAAGCACGAGCGGGCUUUCUGGAAAAUGUAGCAUCGUUGAAGAUGGUUUGAUGGUACAAGUAUUGCCAAGUAAAAUGGAGGAAAUACGUAAUUCGCUGCAAAAUCAAAAAGAUGUUGAAAUAAUAUGCGGUCCGGUGGAUGCCAACGAUCAACAAACUGAGGUUGUGAGCAUAAAAUGGGUGGAUAAUGAUCGCGACUUUAAUGUUGGCGUGAAAUCACCUAUCGAUGAAAAAUCUAUGGAUGGUAUAUGCAGUAUGCGCGUACAUGAUAGUUUUAACUAUUCGAAUGCUAAUUACGCUAUACGGCUCACAGACAUUUAUAUACUUAAGUAUGACGAGUGGUAUGCCUCUGCACAGUCUGCUGUAGCAGCCACUUCUAUGGAUAUCACGCGCAUGGCGGGACAAAUUGCGCGUAGUGCUUGCGUUGCACUGGUACCCUUUCUUGAUUUAUUCGUCGCAAGUGGCAGUCGGAAGCUAGCUUUACGUGCAACAAUUCAUCAAGAAAAUGUCUGCUAUGAAGCUGGCACACGUGGCAAUAAACUUCCUCCGCUUUAUAUGAAUGCUUUGGAUGAUCAACUCAUACCGACACUUCAUGGCGAGUCGUCCGGCAUUGAGGAUGCAAUAAUUUUAGAGUUAGUUUUUUACAUUUUAAAUGUUUAGUCUAUUCUAAUGGGGGAAAGUUGGUAAGUAAGUCAGUAUUUCAAAGUUUGAAAUUUGAAAUUCAAACCGUUAAGCAGCGUAUUACUAUGACUUUUCUAUAGCAUUAAUGUAGAGUUCGGGCGAGUGAAAAAUGAAAUAACAAAAAAAAAAGCGAUUUGGAUAAGAGGUUAAGUUGGCUCACAAUCACAUGUGUAGCUACAAUCAAAUCGUGUCGUUGGGAAAGCAAAAUGGCAACUAAAUAAAUAUUACGUAAUAUUGGCAAUAAAACCAGACAGGAGAGGCAACAGCCUCUGUAGUUAUCAAAUAAUAGCGCUCAAUUAGAAAAGUCGACUUUGCAUUGAGUGUAGUGUAGUAAAUAUAUUUUAUUUUCUCUUGAAAUAAGGCUGCUUUGAAAGCUUCUUUUAUGAAUAUACGAAAGUCAUACAUAUAUGCGUACAUACCUACAUACAUGUAUGGGUAGUUAAGCUGGUUAUAGAUCUAUUGUAUGCUACUUGUUUUAGUGUAAAGAUUUAAAUAUCUAUGUAACUAAACCGAUUUACAAUUGAAAAAUUGUAUUCGACUUUUAUUUAUCACUAUCCAAAUUCAAUUUGACUAUAUUCUUUUUUGUUUUGAGAAAUAAAGUACCUAUCUAUUAGCAAUUCUAUAUACAAAUUAUGGUAACACAAAAAAAUUGCAUAUCGUCGAUGUUUAUGCAAAACCGCCUAAAUCGUGUAAAGGAAAUUUGGUAACCCUGAACUCCAGUUACCAAGAUUUAUGCAUAAAAAUCGUAGAAUCGUUAUCAAAACAACAGAUUUGUAAAGCAAUGCCUACAAAGAAAUCCCGUUUUCUCGCUCCCCUCGUAAAAUUUGAGGGCGUAAGAUAGGCGAUUUUGAAUAGGGCGAUGGGCGGUUUUACAAAAACAUCGACGGUAUAUGUAUUUCUUGAAUACAACGCGUUCAUAACACUCCGACUGCAUUUUUCCAACAUAAGAGUCAUGGAAUAUUUUUGAAUGGAGCAUUAUACUCUCUGAAAAAAUGUCAUUGUACAUAUAUAGGAAAAGGAUGGUAGUAUCGAAGAAAAGUGUUUCGACUUAAAAACUUUUUCAGAGUCAUGAAAGCUCUAGCUGUUGCAAGGUGUUGUGUUUGGAGUACAAAGGCGCAAAAAAAUUCAGAAGUGGAAUUCUAACUCUGGCUGUCCCUAAAAGCAUGACUACUUUUAAAUGUUCUCCGCAAAUUUAAUGGAUACAGAGUUUAAAAUGGCCAGAAGCAUUUAAGAAGAGUUUUCAAUUGUUCUUAGAGGACCAGGCGGCAUUGUACCUAACCAGUUGCAAAACUCUUUGGAGGCUUCGAAGCCGGCUCCAAUCUUCACUAGUUGCGCUGUGCGAGGGCAGGGAGUGGCGCUUGUUCCGAAGACUGGCGAAAGCCCCCCAGGGUUUUCAGGAUAUCUUCGAGAUUGCUUAAAACCCUCC